AUGGAUAUCAACGAAUUGCCGGAUCUCGUCUUAGAAAUAAUCUUCUCGUAUUUGAAUCAGUACGGCGAUUUGGAGAGUGUCCGAUUGGUUAGUCGUCGAUGGUAUCGCGUUGCAUGUACUAUCAUCAGUAUUUUAAAGAAAUCCUUCAUCCAAUGCAAUCAGCUGAUUUGGGAGCUGUAUGCAGCAGAAAAGAAAGAUGAUAGUGCUAUUGCAAAACGUUGUUCACAUUCAGGUUGUUAUCAUGAUGGCACCAAAAAGGUGUAUAUAUUUGGUGGAUGUACCAAUAAUUAUACUGCCUUCAACGACCUUUGGAGUUUUGAUCUGAGGUCCCGCAUUUGGUGCCGAGAAUUUGUUAAGUGUGCUCCAUUCCCGCGGCCCAAGGCAAUGUCCAUUUUUGUACCUUAUAAGGAGUACUUGAUCCUUCAUGGUGGAUUUGCAAAGUCUUCGCCAAACCCAAUCCAUCAAGCAGCAAAUUUUUUUAGUGAAAUACACAUGUAUGAUACUAUAACGAAUGAGUGGAUUGAGGUCGAAACAGAGCCUCCACCUCCUGUGAUUGCAAGUCAUUGUGCAUGUGUGGUAGAUGAUUCGCUGAUUAUUUUUGGUGGUUCACAGAAUAGCCGUGCUACAAAUACUAUUUAUGUUCUGGAUAUUAUCAGUAAAAUUUGGCACGUGCCGUCAUUCGUCGACAGGAUUUACAAAGACCAAAGUUGUGGAAAGUCCGACGCAUCGUCCGGCCAACAGUUCUUGUUGAAAAGUCCACAGCCGAACCCCCGUUAUGGUAGCUCAUGUGUGGUAAUUGACAAAUCACACCUACUCGUGAUCGGUGGCUGUGGUGGCCCAAACUGUAUUUAUAACGAUGCUUGGCUCCUUACGUUUGACUUGACGUUACAAACUGCCUGGGAAUGGAAGCAAAUCAAUAUUACAAACCCAAAAUCAGGUCCAUCUCAGCUUUGGUGCCACCCAGCAUGUCCAAUCGGACAAAAUCUUGCGUGUAUAAGUUAUGCAAGAAAAAGCAAUGGGUAUAGCACGGUCAGUUUAAAUUCGUAUUCAGCACCGUUCCAGAUUUUUUCAAGAAACCCUGCUCAAUUGCUGCCACCACCAGUGAAUAAUGUCACGCUACAAUCCUCUAAUACAAGGGACAACGUUGAUCCUUCACUGAAUGAAAAACCGAAUUUUUCGGGUUGUCAACCGUCUACCUCUUCACCACAUGCUAAAAACAAUUUGAAGCAUAUUAAUGAUGCAUCAGGUGCAGCAUUGGGAAGUUUCGGAAAAAAUUGGUGUCAUAAAAGGCGUCUAGGAAAUGCUUGUGUUUAUAUACUCGAUACCGCACGAGUUUUGGAAGAUUGUACAGUAACAUGGCGCCAGCAAGAAAUAGAUUUAAAUGCACCAGAUGAUACAAUGCUGUAUUCGCUUUGUGCUGGUCGAGGAGAGCUGAUAAUGUUUGGUGGGAUGCGUAGUGAUAUGCAAGAUGAUAAUCGCCAUCCCUUUACCCAUACAAUUAGUAAUGAUAUUUAUAUACUGAGCCCUGCUCGUUUAAUAUAA